AUUCAAUACUAAGUUAUCUCAAAAAGAGCCUUCCCCUGCUCUUCAAUAUUUGCUCAAAUCCAUUACUUGAAAAGCAACAAUAAUGGUGGUCCUGUCCAAUCCAGGAAUUGAACAGUUGUCAUGUGUAGGAAACUGCAAACCCACCACAUUAUUUUCUGGAAUCCCCAUUAUAGACCUUUCCAAACCUGAUUCUAAACACCUCCUUGUUAAGGCCUGUGAGGAAUUUGGAUUCUUCAAGGUUGUCAACCAUGAAGUCCCCAUGAAAUUCAUUUCCAGGCUUGAAUCUCAAGCCCUCAACUUCUUCUCAUUACCUCUUUCGGAGAAGGAAAAGGCAGGCCCUCCUAACCCCUUUGGCUAUGGUAAUAAAAGCAUUGGACCAAACGGCGAUGUGGGUUGGGUCGAAUACCUUCUCUUCACCAUCAAUCAAGAAUCCAUUUCCCAGAGGUUGCUUCCAGUUUUUGGGCACAACCCAAAUGAGUUUAGGUCUGCUUUGAAUGAUUACAUAUCAGCUGUGAAAAAGAUGGCAUGUGAGAUUCUUGAAAUGAUGGCUGAUGGUUUAAUAAUCCAACCAAGAAAUGUGUUCAGUAAACUUUUAAUGGACGAACAGAGUGACUCUGUUUUCAGGCUAAACCACUACCCUCCAUGCACAGGGCCUGGGAUUCAAACUCUGAAUUCUAACAAUAUGAUUGGAUUUGGAGAGCAUACAGACCCGCAAAUCAUUUCUGUGCUAAGAUCCAACAACACAUCUGGCCUGCAAAUCUCUCUAGGGGAUGGCAACUGGAUUUCAGUCCCACCUGACCAGAACUCCUUUUUCAUCAAUGUUGGUGACUCUUUGCAGGUGAUGACAAAUGGGAGGUUUAAAAGUGUGAGGCAUAGGGUUUUGGCUAACAGCAUGAAAUCAAGAGUUUCCAUGAUAUAUUUUGGUGGACCACCUUUGAGUGAGAAAAUAGCUCCAUUACCCCCACUGAUGAAGGGAGAGGAGGAAAGCUUGUACAAAGAAUUUACCUGGUUUGAGUACAAAAGAUCUGCAUAUAACUCAAGAUUGGCUGAUAAUAGGCUUGUUCUCUUUCAGAAAAUAGCAGCCUCAUGAUUUGCACAAAAUCAAGAACUUACUUUUACUCUUUGGUAAAUGGUGUUUACAAAUACUUUUGAAUUGGUCUAUUUCUCUUCUUUUAAUAUUCAUGACAUGUUAUUAUUUAUACUUUCUUAUUAAUAAUAUAAUCAAUUUAUUCUAGCUUCAAA